AGUCGCUCAUUUGCAAGAGAGAGGAAGGCAUGGCAUCCAUGUAUUUGUGGUGCAGCUGCAUAUUCUCUCACAUGUUUUACUUGUUAUGUCUGUCAUCUCUUCUUCUCUUCUUCUCAUGUGAAUGCAGCGAAGCUCCUCAUUCCAGCACAAGGGUGAGGUUUCUACCAGGAUUUCAAGGAGAGCUUCCCUUUAAAUUACACACUGGAUAUAUCACCAUAGAUGAGAGGAAUGAGAACAGACUCUUUUACUACUUGGUGGAGUCUCAGAGGAAUCCAAGAGAGGACCCCCUUAUGCUGUGGCUCCCAGGAGGCCCUGGUUUCUCAGGACUAGCAGCCAUGACAUAUCAUAUAGGUCCUAUUCGGUUUAAAGAUGCAAAGUUUCAAGAAUCUGACGAGGAGUAUGUACCGGAGCUAGUGAUAAAUCCAUAUUCAUGGACAAAGAUUUGUAGCAUAAUCUUUCUCGAUUUUCCAACUGGCACUGGAUUCUCCUAUUCACGAGCUUCUGAGGACUACCAGACAAGUGAGACAAAGAUCUUCAACGAUGUGCACAAGUUUUUGAUUCAGUGGUUUAUGGAGUAUCCAGAGUUUUUAUCAAACCCACUCUACUUGGGGGGAGUGUCGCAUUCUGGCCUCACGGUUCCUGCUGUGACUUAUGGAUUAGCAAGUGACAUGGAAGCAGGAAAGGAACCGCGUCUCAACUUGAAGGGUUACAUGGUUGGGAAUCCAUACACAAAUCAAGAUUUUGACAAUCAAAGAAUACCAUUUGCCCAUGGGAUGGGACUCAUAUCAGAUGAACUUUACCAGGCUGCUAAAGACAGCUGCGGAGGGAUGUAUGAGAAGCCAAGGAGUAGGGUAUGUGCUCAGAACAUCCAAGCUGCUCUCCAGUGUGUUUCUGGCAUUAACAAGCACCACAUUUUAGAGCCCAAUUGUGAGAACUUGGGAGCUGCAGAGGUGCUUUUUAAGGGCCGUGCAAGAUAUCUACAGGAGUACAAACAUUAUACUCAUUACCCUCCAUAUUGCAGGGAGAGCAGUUAUAAAUUUGUGGAUAUAUGGGCAAACAAGAAGCAAGUGAGGGAGGCUAUCCACGUCCAAAAGGAUACUGUUGGAGAAUGGCAAAUGAAUAGUAAAAAGUUCAACCUUACACAUGAUGUUUUUGACUCAAUUGGGUAUCAUUUAAGCCUCACUACCAAGGGAUAUAGAGCACUAAUUUACAGUGGUGAUCAUGAUUUUGUGGCAACUUUCCUUGGGACAGAAGCUUGGAUAAGAUACCUCAAUUUCUCCAUAGUCCAUGAAUGGCACUCUUGGAUGGUAGAUGGCCAAGUCGGAGGAUUCACAAGACAAUAUGCCAAUGAUCUGACGUAUGCCACAGUGAAGGGGGCAGGCCAUUCAGCGCCCGAGUAUAAGCCAAAAGAGUGUUUUGUCAUGUUUUACCGGUGGAUCUCUUCGCUUCCCCUAUGAUUACUUGAAAACAUAUGUAAUAAGUUCUUUACUGGAAAGCUAUGGGACUUUCAUGGUAAUGUCUAGGGUGAUUAAAUGUAUUUGGUAAUAUGUCGAAUGAAAUGUUAAUGCAUGCCCACCUCCAACUAAA